AUGCCCCGGGUGACCCCAUUCAGCGCCGCCUACGUCCCCCACCUCCUCUCCUCCCUCGCCCUCACCUCCAUCGCCAUCCACCUCGUCCGCCAGCGCAACGCCGCCACCACCGACCGCGCCCACCUCUCCGCCCAGAUCUCCAUCCUCGAGUCCACCGUCGGCCGCCUCCGCGCCGGCGAGCGCAUCCCGCCCCCCGAGCUCGACCGCGUGCUCCGGCUCGCGCGCAGCCAGACCGAAGAACAGGGCGAGGAAACGAUCGUCGAGCGCAUGCGCGAGAAGGAGGGCGAGAUCGGCUGGAAGGAGGUUUUUCUCGGGCGCAAGCCCAGGAGUAAGGAGGAAGAGGAGACAGCCAGAAAGCGGCAAGAAAUGUGGGACCUCAGGGAUUUGGAGACGAUUGCAAGUGAACUCAGCGCCGCUAUCGAGUCCAGAUAA